UUAAUAAAGUACAACACAUGUUCAUGUGAUAUUAUUUAUCAAACGUGUCCGUUUUUGUCUUGCAAUACUUCAAUUAUAUAAGCAGUCAGUGUAAGUUUACAGGUUUAUCAAUACUUGUGUUUUUCCGGAGAAACAAAUAAGAUAUCCACCUGAUGAUGCAGACAAUGUCCGUACUUAUCAAUAUUGUUUUGGCGAUAACGAUCAUUCAGAAUGCUGAUUGUAAUGGCCCAUACCUACAAAAUUGUGAAACUGAUUUACAGUGUCCAGACGGCUACGCAUGUCUUCGGCCAGGCUAUGGUGAAGCGAGUGCAAAAGCACAGAUGAAAUGUUACCCAUGUUGCUGUCGGGAAAAAACACAGUGUUAUAUAAAAAGCAAAUUAAGUGGCAUAAACUGCGACUGUGGAGACUCUGGGUAUACAGGUGCUUGUUGCGAAACAGAUAUAAAUGACUGUUACAACAAUUCCUGUCUUAAUGACGGUACAUGUAUUGACGGAGUCAACAAUUAUACCUGUAUAUGCCCAGAAGGAUUCUCUGGAAGGAAUUGUGAAACAGAUAUAAAUGACUGUUACAACAAUUCCUGUCUUAAUGACGGUACAUGUAUUGACGGAGUCAACAAUUAUACCUGUAUAUGCCCAGAAGGAUUCUCUGGAAGGAAUUGUGAAACAGAUAUAAAUGACUGUUACAACAAUUCCUGUCUUAAUGACGGUACAUGUAUUGACGGAGUCAACAAUUAUACCUGUAUAUGCCCAGAAGGAUUCUCUGGAAGGAAUUGUGAAACAGCCUUAAAACCACCAACAUGCAUGGCAAACAAUAACUGUUUUAAGACAGCUUCAGAGUGUGGAACUGGCUGUUACAUAGAGGAACAAGAUCAAGAUGAAGUUAUCUCGAAUACAUGGUCAGCUUCGUUUGCGUUAAUAAUCUUUCCUUAUGCCACAGUUGAAAGGUGCCGAAAUAGAUGCUUAACCUUUAAUACUUGUGUUGCAUAUGCUUUUAACCCAACAGGAAGAUCUUGCUACCUAUAUACCACUACACCUGCAGAGGGGUUGGUUACAGAAUAUUCAAAUACUGAUGACCUAUACGUACUGAGAUGCUCAAGCUGUUAGAAUGCGGAAGAUUAUUGAUUCUGAAAAUGGACUUUGUAUUGCUAUUACUUUUAUCUUAUGAAACAUGCUUGGAGCCAACGUUUAAAAAUAAAUGUAUGGACAGUUUGUACAUGAAUUAAAAGAAUUGCAAAACAAAACU